AUGCGCUACGUAUUCAUCCUCGGUUUCACCGGCGCUGAUCCAGUCUCACCAAGCCAUUCAAAAGCAGAGAUUAAAGGAUGGGCUGGGUCUCUUGUCUGGCUCAACAUUCUGCCCGAAGAGUGCACUCGCAGGAUGUCACCCACCAUACUAGCAAAGAAACGGCAAGUCAUGCGCGAGAGUCUGAAGGACGGUCUUCGUGCGUGGGUCCAAGGCCAUGGCAUCCAGGCUCAGAAGCGCAAAGCUGAUGAAAUGGAGUUCACUGAGAGGAGGAGCGUCAAGAUUCUUGCCAGACGCUUCACAGCGAAGAAGUUAGCCAUGGAUGACGCCACAAACACCGUGGAGAAGCGAGCACAAGUAAGAUGGGGAAGGGACGCUCAGAGCGACUCCUUCAACGCAGCUUAUGCGCAUCCAACUCGUGCCAAUGUGCUUGGUAUGAAGCGGUUUUGGGAGGGUGUAAUAAGUGCAGCCUCUUCUUGA